AUGGUUGUGUGUGUAAUUGCAAUCUUAAUCUUGGGAUUAUUCGCCUUUGUGCGCGCUCUUUGCAACUACACCCGCUUAAGCACUGUUCCUGGUCCGCUGUUCACCGGCUUAUGUGACUUGUGGAGGACAUACGCUCGCAAUACAGGCAACUAUGGUUGUAGUGUAGCUGGCCUUCAUAAGAAAUACGGCAAGGUCGUCCGUUUAGGGCCUCAUUCCAUCAGCGUUUCCGACCCUACGGCCAUCUUUCCGGUGUAUAAUGGUCGGCCGAGUGAAAGGUCAACAUUUGAGCAUGACAAUCGUACCACAUUCGCCCAAGGCUCGUCCGCGAGGACGACCGAUGUUGAAAGUACUCUGCUGAGCAAGGCCACUCGUCGGAGGUGUCUGGAAUCGGCAAUGCGAUAUGAAGGCAUAGUUGAUCAGGCAGCCAACAAUUUGAUGACAUCUCUCAGGCAACAACCCGUGGUGCACUUAACGACCUUCCUUCAGGGUUUUACCGCUGACUUCAUUCAUCGUCUGGUCCUGGAGGAAUCGGUCACCCAAGAUAUGCCUUCCAACGCUCAGCGGGCAUGUUGCCACUGGUAUAACCGUCCAACAAAGUGGUUCACAUUUCCAACGAUCGAAUAUGCGCUCCUAAGAAGCCCGGCCGCUAGGUUAAAAAGGCGCCGUGGCAUUUCAUUUGUCCAAAAAACUCAGGGAGGGAUCAACAGUAGUCGAUCGUUUAGGGCUACGGAUGACCGUGCAAUUAGCUCCAGCCUCGACCUUCCCCGAGGUUGCGACGGCGCAUAUGACUGUAUUGCUAUGGCUUUUAUCUCAACGUUUUCCUCCUUGUUAAAACACGAAACCGUCAUGGCGAGGCUCCGAUCUGAAAUAGACACGGCGUUCAACAAGGGCCUACUCUCCGACCCUCCUCGGUGGCAAGAACUGGGUAAACUCCGUUACCUUGACGCUGUUAUCAAGGAAUCAAUGCGCCAGCUGCCUAGCUUAAGCUACAACCGUGAGGUCGUAACACCCCCCGAGGGCGCUAUCGUUGCAGGGUACUACAUUCCUCCGGGAACCAUGAUGGAACUUCAUUCCGAAGCCUUACGAGGCGAUCCUAGUACUUAUGGGGAGGACGUCCAUAAUUAUCGACCGGCACGUUGGCUCAAUGUUGACCCGCGACAACGGUGGGCCAUGAUCCAAAACUUAAUACCGUUCAGCACCAGCAUCAAUAAUUCUCCAAAGGUUCGAGUCGCCUGGAUGGAGCUGAAAAAGAUUGUUGUCUUACUGCUUUUAAAGUUCAACCUGGAGCUCAUACGUCCUGGCGAAGGACCGAUUCUCAGCGAUAUGUCUGACCAGGGCUUGCCACCAUUGAUGGCCUACUGUAGCCCGCGAAACCACUGA